AUGCUCAAGAGCCAAUCAGAAAACGACACAGAGUCCAAAAGACUUGUGGCUCGACGGGCAUGUCUUUCGUGCCGUGAGAAAAAAAUCAAGUGCGACGGCGAAGCUCUUCGGCUUCAGGCUCAUGACACUGGCAACCGCUCAGUGAUAUGCUCCAACUGCCGCAUGGCCGGCACGAGAUGCAAAUUUGUCCAGAGUAUGCGGGGCGGACGCCGCAAGAAAAGAUCGUCUGUCGCUACUUCCGAGAAACAACGGCCGCUACGGCCUCUGGCGCCUAGCGAAGCCGAAUGGCUGCCAAACGGCCAGUCCAAACCUGAAGACGCAGAACCACCCAAGCCGCAGCGAACGGUGCCAGCCGUGCUGCAAGAACAGACUCCGUUUACUACAGCCCCUUGUACCACGGCCACGCCCGCAUCGCCCAGCUUCCUGCUGCGUCUGUCAUUCGAGGAUCCGGCUCGUACGCGUCUUCCGUCACCCACGCUUCUGCUGGUGUCUUUUGCAGAUCCGUACAGACGGGCACCCCACAGCAACGACUACUUUGACCUCCACGCUCGCCGUGCCCGGGAACUGCAGUUGGCACCGCCCCACUUGCCCUCUCAACCAGUUAUUUAUACGCCGCCCUAUGCGGGUCACUACGGCCCGCCAAUGUAUUAUUCCCCGCCAGGAGCGGCUCCUCUGCCAGGAGCACAUUUGCAAGGCUCGCCUACACCGCAAAUGGGGUAUUACUAUGGCCCACAUACAAUGCCUCCUCCGCCAGCACCUGCACUGGUGAUUUCUGCUCUGCAAAUCCCGCAGCCGUUGUAUCCACCGCAGAAUGACCUUUACUCUCGCAGGUUACCUUACUCGCACAGCCUGGGGCUGUCACACUCAUCGAUGGGACUACGAGCACCUGACUACCGCUCGUUCGAUCGCCUCUCAUCGCGGCUGUGGCUGAAUCUGGCCCCAGAAGCGAAACACACACCACAGUUACCAGACCCUAUGGCAAAGCAGCUGCUGUCCGUACGUAAGCUAGUUUUGGAAAGGUCGUCACCAGAUCCUGUGGCUUAUUUCUCAGCAGCUGAGCUCGAAAACUUUGGUCUUCCGCCUUGGCCAGUAUUGAACCGUGUUCUUGACGUGUACUACGAGUAUGUGCAGCCCAACCAGCAGGUUUUGCCCGGAAAACAGUUCUUUUUGAAGCGCUUAUCGCUCAAAUUGGAUAGCUCCAUCAUUCACGCCAUAAUUGCUAACGUAUGUCUACGUGGAGACUGGCCCUUUGAGCAGAAUGAGUCUUACUGGGUGGAAAAAAUGUACCAGUAUUGGGACAACUUGAAUGACUUCGGUAUGCUCUUGUGUUACACGCUUAUUCGUGAAACCACGGUGAUAAAAACAAGCCAGAAACACUCUGUGGAUAUUCGUGACAAAAUCCAUGAGUUGAUUCAGAGUAACCACUACUUGGAAACCCUUCUGAGUAGCACAAACUUGAACGAGAGAAAAAGGUUUGAAAUUGAGUCCACCAUUCGCAUGGUCUGGAUCUACUGGGUUGGAAUGGUCGUUUUCCGCUUACAUCAAGGCAGACCUUAUUCUAACAUUCAAAUGAUGAGAAGUAACAACCUAUUCACUGCGUCGAAAAUUUAUGGCUUUUCAAAUUCGAGGCUUCCUUUCCCCAUCUCCAAUGAGUGUUACUUGAAGGGAUGUACACAGACUCGGUUAACAUGGAGCGACCUUACGAAAGGUGUCUGCGAGGAUUCAGUUUCUGUGAUCAAAGCAGCGCUGAUUUUAGAAAGGUCAAUGGAUAGCAUUGCGUCCAGCGAUUCUAAGCGACCUCAGUUGAUUGAGGAUAAGGAGUUUGAAAACUUCUUGAAAACUAGGUGCCAUUUUAUAAAAGAAGAUGUGGUCAUCUUGAACUCAAGUUUCCAUAUUUCUACUUUUAUGGUCCUCUAUCUGAAUAUAAUGCAGCGCUGCUUUAUUCUUCGGGAUGUUCUCGCUUUCGAUGACUUGAUGGGAUCUGGAACUAGACAGAAGCCGUUUGGGGAUGAUGGAAAUGACUUUAUCCCAAGAGUUAAAUCGAUUGCUCUCAACACUUUGAUCCGUCCGGAAGAUAUCUCCUCGCGCAUCGAAGAGUUAGAUGAAUUCUCUUGGUUAUGUCUUAGCGAGUUGGUUAGGAACGCCAUAUGCGUACUUGACCUCAUCAAUGUCUACGCCGGAAUAUUACCUAGUGCACCAGGAAAGCGAUAUUCAGUUCUUUUUGGAGUGACAUCUACAGACAACACAUGUGAUUGGUUUGAUAAUCCUGAUCUCAUAACGAAGGGUGAAACAGCGUGGCUUAAGGCAAGUGAUUUCAGCGUUAAAAUUGCUUAUCUCCUUGUCUGUGUAUUACCGAGCUUGGUGGUUUUAAGUAUGUUGGUGGAAAUGAAAAGUAAAGAGGACAAAUUGGAGGUGAGAAUACGGCAUAGCAAUGUCUUAAAGGUCUUACCUUUCAAAGUGCCUCCUCGUGUGAGUGAUCACUUUUCACAAGAAGAGCUCCUACGUGAUUUUGAGAGAGUUGGCGAAUUCCUCCGCUUCCGUUUUCUGGCUGACCGUCACAGAGGCCUAGAUCCCAAUACCAUUCUGAACCUCGAGAAAGUCCGCGAUCUAUUGGGAGAAGUUAUGCGCAACUUAUAG